UGGACACACUCUAUAUUCAGUUUUAAGUAAAUCAUAACAAAAAUGGAUGUGCUCAUUCAAGAAAAAGAAGAUGUACUUGACUUCAAGCUAAAAGAUGCUCAUAGCUCAUUGGAUGAGUUGGAUAUUGAUGAUUUGUACGUUCGGUACAAGAAACUGCAAAAAACACUAGAAUUCUUAGAAGUUCAGGAAGAAUAUAUUAAAGAUGAGCAGCGAAAUCUAAAGAAGGAAUAUUUGCAUGCGCAAGAGGAGGUGAAGCGUAUUCAAUCGGUACCAUUGGUUAUUGGUCAGUUUCUUGAAGCUGUUGAUCAAAAUACCGGAAUAGUGGGAUCAACUACUGGUUCAAACUAUUAUGUUCGUAUUUUAUCUACGAUUGAUCGUGAGCUCCUAAAACCUUCUGCAUCUGUUGCAUUGCAUAAACACAGCAACGCAUUGGUGGAUGUGCUGCCACCAGAAGCAGAUAGUUCAAUAUCUAUGUUGCAGCCUGAUGAAAAACCCGAUGUAAGUUACGCUGACAUUGGAGGUAUGGAUAUGCAGAAGCAAGAAAUUCGGGAAGCUGUGGAACUACCUCUGACACAUUUCGAAUUGUACAAACAAAUCGGCAUUGAUCCUCCUCGUGGCGUUUUGAUGUAUGGACCACCUGGAUGUGGUAAAACAAUGUUGGCCAAAGCUGUAGCACAUCAUACGACUGCAUCAUUUAUUAGAGUUGUAGGCUCUGAAUUUGUUCAGAAAUAUCUUGGAGAAGGUCCAAGAAUGGUUCGCGAUGUUUUCCGUUUGGCUAAGGAAAAUGCUCCAGCAAUUAUUUUCAUUGACGAAAUUGACGCUAUAGCCACUAAACGAUUUGAUGCUCAAACCGGAGCUGAUAGAGAAGUACAACGAAUUCUUCUAGAAUUGCUUAAUCAAAUGGAUGGCUUUGAUCAAACUACGAACGUCAAAGUCAUAAUGGCUACCAACCGUGCCGAUACCUUAGAUCCUGCACUCUUGCGUCCUGGUCGUUUGGACAGAAAAAUCGAAUUCCCACUGCCUGAUAGAAGACAAAAAAGGUUAAUAUUUUCAACUAUAACUUCAAAAAUGAACUUAAGUGAUGAUGUGGAUUUGGAGGAUUUCGUAGCACGUCCAGACAAAAUAUCUGGGGCUGAUAUAAACGCAAUUUGUCAAGAAGCUGGUAUGCAUGCUGUUAGAGAAAAUCGCUAUAUUGUGUUAGGAAAAGACUUUGAAAAAGGUUAUAAAAAUAACAUCAAGAAGGAUGAGCAGGAACAUGAGUUCUAUAAAUAAGCAUUUUUUUUAUAUAUAUAUCGAGUCAUGCAAAUAAACUAUUGUCUUAAAAUUUAAAAAAA